AUGUUGAUUAUAUAUAGGUAUACUUCUCAACCAACGUAUAAAACAGUAAGCUCUUUGUCGACAAUAACUCAGAGCACGCUUUCACCAUCACCAGCUUCAUUGUCCUCGUCUGCUAACGAGACUAAUGCCAAGCACUUUAAUGACAACAACCCGGAUAUAGUGCAAUUAACGAACAGUUUUGGUACUCUGGUCAAAGUGGUAAUUGGUAUUGUCGGUCUUGUUGGGUUUAUUAUGUCUAUUUAUUUUGUUCGCUCGGUAUAUAAUCAGUCUGGAGGGGCUGAUGUUGAAAUCAAUUUUUCUAUGCUCUUUUGUAAUCAGAUAAACUGA